AUGCAAACCAUUGGGCAAUUAGCUCAUAUCCGCAACAACCACGGCCAUGACGGGGAGUGGGAGGCCAUCGUACUGGCGAUUAUUUGUGUUUACAAGUUUGAUAUUCUUAAUUGGUAUGUCCUCCGCGUCUCUAGGGGACAGGCUCCCGGAUUUCAACGAGUGCGUGACGCAUUCUACCUCCGCCUCCUCCUCUGGGACUGCCCAGCGGAAUGCGACUACACAUGCCAACACAUCAUCACGGACCGACGGGUUAACCGGGACCCGCCAAUGCUCGAACCCGUCGUCCAAUUCCACGGAAAAUGGCCCUUCUACCGAAUACUUGGCAUGCAAGAACCGUUUUCCGUCCUCUUCUCCUUCAUGAAUUUCCUCGCUCAUCGCCAUGGUAUGUCGCGCGUUCGAGAGUCGAUACCACAUUCGUAUCCGAUGCGCAGGUUUUAUCUUGCCUUUGGAUAUUUCGGCUUGGCUAGUUGGAUUUUCAGCAUGGUGUUCCAUACACGGGAUCUGCCCUUAACUGAAAAGCUCGAUUACUACGGUGCAGGCGCAAGUGUGUUAUAUGGGUUAUAUCUGUCCGUCGUUCGAAUAUUCCGCCUCGACCAGACAAGGCCCCGCCAGAAGCCGAAGCUUCUCCGAUACUGGACGUUCACCUGUACAGGACUGUUCAUUGCGCAUGUCUCCUACUUGAGCUUUUGGUCCUGGGACUAUACGUAUAACAUGGCGGCAAAUGUGGCUGUUGGAAUUGUGCAGAAUUCGUUGUGGACGUGGUUUAGUAUCUCGCGAUACCGGAAGUACAUGAAAUCGUGGACGGCAUGGCCUGGAAUGAUAGUUGCGUGGAUUAUCGUAGCUAUGAGUUUGGAGCUUUUGGACUUUCCGCCUUGGCAUGGACUGGUUGAUGCCCAUAGCCUAUGGCAUUUAGGGACUGUGGUGCCUACUGCUUGGUGGUAUUCAGAUGCUCUGGAUGACAUAGCCGGAGAGCGGCUGAAGGCUUGA